AUGGUCUUUUUUCCUCCUGUUGAAAGGUUAUUGGACUUGAUUAACAUCAUGACAUAUGAUUUUCAUGGGGCCUGGCACCCAUAUGUCCACCACAAUGCCCCCAUGGGCCAGCAUCCUUUGGACUUGACUAAAGAGAUUGCUCAGAAGGAAGGCAAUGAUGUCUUCAAUGCUGUAAGCUAUGAUUCAGCAACAGUAGUUGUGCUUAUUUGUGACCUUGCCAAGGCCCCAGGUUUCACCAGGCACUGGAUUGAUGAGCUCAAGGUCCCUUAUGCUGUUUUCCAGAACAACCAGUGGCUGGGAUAUGAUGACCUUGAGUCUAUUCAGAUCAAAGUGGACUACCUCAACUCUUGGGGCCUCAGGGGAGCCAUGGUUUGGAGUGUGGAGACAGAUGACUUCACAGGCAAUUGCAGACUAGGAAACUUUGCUGACCACAAGAAUCCCCUACUGAAGACAAUAGCAGCUGGGGUAUUUGGAAAAGUGCCAACCCGUGACCCCUCUGUCACCAUUCCACCCAUUAGUUCCACCACCACUACCACAGGGAAUCCUCAUGUCUCCACCUCACCAACUGCCAGAACCACCACCAAUACACAAAAGCUAGUGACUGGCAAUCCAGGCAACAUCUGCUCCUACUGCCCGGAAGUGGGUGACAAUGUUCACCCUUUCUCCUGUACCAAGUUCAUCAAGUGCUGGGGCACACUAGGAGAUUGGCGCUGUGUUGAGACCUCCUGUGCCCAGGGGACAGGGUUCAAGCCAGACACCAAAGGCUGUGUCUGGCUCAGUGAACUCCCUGGAUGCAACCCAUGA